AUGGCGGCAGCAGAUAAGCAGAGUGCUUUGGAUUACAUCAACCAGAUGUUCCCCACAGAGGCAUCUUUAUCUGGUGUUGAGCCCCUUAUGCAGAAGAUACGUAGUGAGAUCCGUAGAGUAGAUGCUGAGAUUUUGACAGCAGUUCGUCAGCAGAGCAAUUCAGGAAGCAAGGCCAGAGAGGAGCUUGCCGCGGCUACUCAUGCAGUUCAGGAACUCAUUUACAAAAUGCAAGAAAUAAAAACCAAAGCAGUGCAAAGUGAGUCGAUGGUUCAGGAAAUAUGCCGUGACAUUAAGAAACUGGAUUUUGCAAAGAAGCAUAUAACUACAACAAUUACUGCCCUUCACCGUCUUACUAUGCUAGUAUCUGCUGUAGAACAGCUCCAAGUAAUGGCUUCAAAAAGACAAUACAAGGAGGCAGCUGCACAGCUCGAGGCUGUCAACCAAUUAUGCAGCCAUUUUGAAGCUUAUAGAGAUUUUCAGAAGAUCACAGAGUUGAGGGAGAAGUUUAAGAGCAUCAAACAAAUUCUGAAGUCACACGUGUUCUCAGAUUUCUCCAGCUUAGGCACCGGGAAGGAGACUGAAGAAAGUAAUUUACUUCAGCAGCUUUCGGAUGCAUGCUUAGUUGUUGAUGCCUUGGAGCCAUCAGUAAGAGAAGAGUUAGUGAAGAACUUUUGCAGCAGGGAACUGACUUCAUAUCAACAAAUUUUUGAGGGAGCUGAAUUGGCAAAGCUGGACAAGACAGAGAGAAGAUAUGCUUGGAUCAAGCGCCGGCUAAGAACCAAUGAGGAGAUAUGGAAAAUUUUCCCAUCUUCAUGGCAUGUUUCAUAUCUACUCUGCAUCCAGUUCUGCAAGUUGACAAGAACACAACUUGAAGACAUCCUCAACAGUCUUAAAGAAAAGCCAGAUGUUGGCACAUUGUUGAUGGCAUUGCAGAGGACUCUGGAGUUCGAGGAAGAAUUAGCAGAGAAAUUUGGUGGUGGGAGUCGAAGCAGAGAAUUGGGAAGUGAUGUUGGGGAAGAUAUGGUGGAAAACAACCAGACUAUUUCAGACAUUCGAAAGAAAUAUGAAAAAAAACUUGCUGCACAUCAUGAAAAUGAGAAUGAGGAUCAAGAAGCCAGCAAAGAUUUGUCAGUGCCUGGUGCUGGGUUCAACUUUAGAGGGAUCAUUUCAUCAUGUUUUGAGCCCUACCUGGCUGUGUAUGUGGAACUGGAAGAGAAGACACUUAUGGAGCAUUUGGAGAAACUUGUCCAGGAAGAAGCAUGGGAGAUUGAAGAGGGAAGUCAAACUAAUAUUUUAUCUAGCAGUAUGCAGGUUUUUUUGAUUAUCCGGAGGAGCUUAAAAAGAUGCAGUGCUUUGACGAAAAACCAGACAUUGUUCAAUCUGUUCAAGGUGUUUCAAAGAAUUCUUAAAGCAUAUGCUACAAAGCUUUUCGCACGACUUCCCAAGGGUGGGACAGGAAUUGUAGCUGCGGCCACAGGAAUGGAUGGUCAAAUCAAGACUUCUGACAAGGAUGAACGCCUGAUCUGUUACAUUGUUAACACAGCCGAAUAUUGCCAUAAGACGUCAGGUGAAUUGGCUGAAAAUGUGUCCAAAAUCGUUGAUCAUCAAUAUGCAGAUAGGAUUGACAUGUCUGAAGUACAGGAUGAGUUCUCAGCAGUUGUAACAAAAGCUUUGGUGACUCUUGUGCAUGGUAUAGAAACUAAAUUUGAUGCUGAAAUGGUUGCAAUGACACGUGUUCCUUGGGGAACUCUUGAAAGUGUUGGUGACCAGUCUGAAUAUGUGAACGGCAUAAACACAAUACUGACUGCUAGCGUUCCUGUACUUGGGAGGCUUCUUUCUCCUGUAUAUUUCCAGUUUUUUCUUGAUAAGCUUGCAUCAUCUCUUGGGCCGCGCUUCUACCACAAUAUAUUCAAGUGCAAGCAGAUAUCAGAAACGGGAGCACAACAAAUGCUGUUGGACACACAGGCUGUAAAAACAAUUCUUCUGGAGAUUCCUUCCCUUGGUAAACAGGUAUCUGCGGCUGCAGGCUACUCGAAAUUUGUAAGCAGUGAAAUGAGCAAAGCUGAAGCAUUGCUGAAGGUCAUUUUGUCCCCACUUGACUCUGUGGCAGAUACAUACUGUGCCCUGUUGCCUGAGGGUACUCCUUCUGAGUUCCAAAGGAUUUUGGAUCUAAAGGGCCUCAAAAGGACCGAGCAGCAAAGCAUACUCGAUGAUUAUAACAAACGUGGGGCCGGGACCUACCAACCUUCAAUAAAGCCCGUUUUUGCACCCACUUCUACUCUCUCAGGUACGCCCACCACCGCCUUAGCCAAUAACAACAAUAGUAGUAGUAGCAGUAGUCUAUCCACGCCAGCUGGCAUCAUCCCAUUGAAGGAAGAAAUAGUGGCACGGGCAGCUGCGCUCGGGCGUGGUGCAGCCACAACGGGCAUACGGCGCAUCCUAGCUUUAACCGAGGGCCGCCAGCCGAACUCAGUUUUCAAUGGUUAUGUUCUCCUUCUCUACUUUCUACUUUAG